AUGAUCUGUAGAUACGUGAUUUUUCGUUUCCUCAUAGCAAGCUGAGUUGUCCGAACUGUCGGUUGGGACAAUUUUAACUCUGAUUUGACGCGCUCUUGGUCGUCGCCGUGUACUGAGUCCUGAGCCACGCUAGUCCAUAUUUACCAUUACUAACCAUAGCUACUGCUUUACCGGGUAAAAUGACAUCGGAGAAGCUCCCUUACGCUCACUCCCUGUCCGAGAGAAGCACCCGCCGGGAGCGCACGGCCGGCACGUUUGGCUCGGCCGUAGGUGUUCUCGGCGCCGCCGCGGUGUUUGCCUCCGCCGUGGUGCUGGCCGUGAUCGUGCAUGCGAUGGGGAACCUCCGGGCUAAGGUGGAGAGGGAUCAAGAAGAGAUGGCUACGCUGAAAGAGAAGGUGGCAACCCUGGGUCAACAAGUUGCUGGUAGGACCGAGAGAGACCACGACGAAAUGACGAGGUUCCAAGCACAGGCACUGAGAGACCAUGACGAAGUGACAAGGCUCCAAGCACAGGCACUGAGAGACCGGGACGACAUGGCCAAGCUCCAAGUCCAGGCUCAAAAAGACCAACAGGAGGUCCUGUCACUGAGAGAGAGGAUGGCAGUCAUGGAGGCACAGAUCAGGGCCGGAAAUUUCCCGGGAAGCUACGCCGAACAACAACAAACGUCUGGUAGCCCCGAGGGAGAACAGUCCGGGCACGUUGGCGACACUGACAGCGGGGUACAGAACAACAACGUCACUAAGGACGGAGGACUCGUUCGCAGGCGUUCUAAGAGAGAAGCGCCCAACUUUGUCCGACUUCCGUCUGGAUUAGGUUGUCCUCAACCAGGACGGGACGGUCGGGACGGGCGGGACGGCGCAAAAGGAGACCGCGGGGAUCAGGGACCCCCCGGGGAAAAGGGGGGAAAAGGGGAGACUGGGUCUCCAGGAACAGCAGCCAGAGCGAGACUGAAGCAGUGUUUCUGGAACCUCCUGAGUAGCAACGCGGACUCCGGGAGGAUUGUGUUGUUCGACUAA